AUGAUGACCGCCGACCCCAACUCGUUUGAGGCGAUCAAGCCAAAACUGACAAGACAAACACUGCAGGACAUUGAGGGACUCGACCCUCAUAAGUACGGCUUCGGUCGCGAGGAGUGCUGCGGCCCGAUCCCCACCAAGAUUAUCGGCAGCAUGAGCCUGCGGGAGCAUAUCUUUCUGAACACCCAUAUACCGGCAGUGGAGUGGGACAAGCACACGGAGAACGUGCUGGGCUUUAAGGAGCUGAGUCAGCAUGUCAGGCAAAAGCGCCCAGGUGCGAGCUUCACUGUGUCGCACCUGGGCAAGGACACGGACGACUCAAUUCUACACGUGAAGGUUGACAGCGACACACAGGCGGUCAUUAUUACGCAAUACAGUGGCAUCUCGGCGCCGUAUGAGCUGCCGUGGGAAACGAAAGGCACACUGGCUAUCGACCGCUCGGGGGAGUACUUUAUCUUCAUCUGCACCCACUUCACACGCGACGCGCGCUGCGGCUACUGCGGGUCUGUCUUGAUUGACCUCUUCCGGCACGCUAUCCGCGAGACAAUGGGCACCAGUGGGGCAGAGCGAGUGACAGUGUGUCCGUGCUCGCACCUGGGUGGUCACAUCUACGCGGGGAAUGUCAUUAUCUACAGUCGCCACGGUGGCAUCUGCUACGGCCUCUUCAAGCCGGAGGAUGUUCAGACUGUAGUGGACGCCAUCGCGGAGGAUCGAGGUGUGAUUCCAGAGUCGCUCAAGGGUCGUAUUCGCGGGGAGAUGGGGACCUGCGUGGCGUAA